AUGAUUUAUGCAAUAUCGUUAUUUAAAGCACGCAUUCGAGCUUGUUCGCCAAACAGCGGCGCUCCAAUACCUUCUACCUCGGAUGCUUGCCGUUUGGAAAUUUUAGCUAAUGCACAUUUCUUGUCCAACAUCAAAAUUGCAAAGCUAACCAAAAUAUCAAACGAAAAAGAACCUAAUAUACAGUACUCCAAUGCAUCAACGGAUAUAGCAACAUUAGAAGCAGCAAUCGGUAACAACUUGAAUGCCACAUCAUCACCGUCAACCGUACCGUACCCAGUGACGUCACAAUUAAAUUUUAUGCAGCAAUUGGCUUUUCCUUUUCGUCUAGAUAUCACCUCUCCUGCAAUCACACCUGAUACUUCCGCAGUUGCUGCAGCAGCAGCAGCUGCUGCUGCAGUAUUUAAUAUUGCAGCAGCAGCAAAUGUUACAACACAUGCUUCAAUGCUACAACAUGCAACACCAACUAUUACUUUUGAUCCGUAUACAACUGCACAGGUAGCUGCUGCAGCUACGCAACUUUUACAAGAACAACAUGAAUUUCAGCAGGUUAUGCAACAACUAAAAGUCAAUAAUUGCAAUUCAAAUGAUACGAUAAAUGGCUAUCAUCAAAAUGAGAGUAACGUUGUAGAGGAGGAUUCAAAAAGUCACAAGGAGGCUAAAAUUGAAGUAUUUAGCGAGGAUGAAGAUGAUUACAGUGAUGGGGAGGAUGUCUGUGCAUUCAAAAAAAAUGGUGAAAAAAAUAGCUGGGGAAUGGAGGGUAGCAAAAACUUGGAUGAGAAUACGAAUUUUACUUUUGAUGCAACGGAAUAUGUAAAUGAAUAUCCACCAUUACCAACUGCUGGAUCCGGAAGUCCAUUAUGUUACUCAGCUGUUGUAAAGGGUAUUAAACCGCUGAACAAUAACAACAAUAACAUCAACAACAACAUUAACAAUAACAACAACAACAACAGUAACAGCAACAACAAACCAUCAUUCAAUUCUAUGAAAGAAUGCUCAAAUGCAACAUCACAACAAAAUACAUCAACUAUGAGUUUCAUAUCAACGCAAAUAUCACAGUGGGAUCAAAUGGUGUUUGAACGUGGUGGUAAAUUUAAUAAGCCAGCACCGCAAUGCAUUCAUUGGAAUAAUCCCAAACACCGUCUCGAUUUUCCAUGUCGUUUUUGGCAUCCACGGGAGCAAUGCCGCUACUAUCCAAAUUGCUCAAAUACAGCCGAUGAAUGUGGUUUUGCACAUCCAUUUUGUGGUGAUUUUUGUCGUUGUCCAAAAGGAAAACGAGAUCCUCAGAAAAAUCAUCGUAUUCCUGAGGAGAGAUAUUUCGGUAGUGGUGAUCGAAUGAAAUAUUCUGCUAAUAAUGGUACGCGAUAA